AUGGGAAAUUGUGCAGGUCGUAAAAAAUCAGUCACCGUAAAAACUAUCCCUGCUUCUGCCUCCAACACCUAUAAAAAGAGCGAAACUAAGUUAUCCAGCUCUAUUGCCAAAACAACUCCUCAAACAGAGGAAUUUAAAAACGAAACCAAUACGAAUUCAGUUUCUAAUGCCCGAAAAAUGAUCAAAAAAAAGGCACCUGUAGCUGAUCAUAGGAAAAAGAACUUACUUUAACCCUCAACUAAUAAUGAACUUUUAUUUGCUAAUUAUGAUUGUGGUAGAAAUUAUAAUUAUUUUUCCAAGAUUUUAUUUUAUGAAAAAGAAUAAUAUGAUGCUUUAUCUUAAGUGCUCUGAAGGCUUGCAAAUCAUUUAAUAUAAUUUUAUACUUAUGAUAUUUUAUUUGAAAAAAAUUACCUCAUUAAAAAUCGGUUGCUAUUAAUGAGGGAUAGGAUUAGAAGACGUUGACGCUCCUAACGCAAUAGUCACUGAAAAAAUAAAAUCUGAAAGAGAAAUUGAAGAUCUCCGUAAAUCGCUUGCAGCAAGUUCUUUAUUCAGCAGCUUGCCUGAAGAAAACCUUCGGCUUAUUAUUGACCAAAUGAAAUACUACACUUUAGGAGCUCGAGAAGUUGUGUUUAACCAAGGACAGCCUGGAAAUAACUUCUUUAUAGUCGCUUCUGGAAGAGUUGAAAUCAUAGUGAAUGGAGAAACAAAAGGAUUUCUUUCCAAAGGAAAAGGUUUUGGAGAGCUUGCACUUCUGCACGAUUCUUUAAGAACAGCCACAAUCAUGACUCUUGAUAAAGCAACCUUGUGGGGAAUAAGAUUUAGAUUUAGCUUAAAGGGCUUAAGGUCUUCCAGAUUUGAUGCCUCCACACACUUGCGACCACCGUAGCUUGCUUGCUGGAGGUGUCCAGUUGCCUUGCCUCAAGAGCAGUUUACUCCCAAAAUCGGGGGUUUGCACCCAUAUCCAAGCCUCGAUGAGUUAGAAAGACUCAUCUUAAUUCACAUUUUGCAGGUGCUAUGAAGGCAAAAAAAGAACCACAACCCUCGAGAACCGGCAGGGAAAGAACCCGUGCCAAAAACCAUCUGAUAGCUAAUACCUGGACUGGAAUGGCUAUAAGUUGACUCCAAAAAUUUAGCCCAUGCAGCGUUCUAGACAAGCUAAGGUUAAAAUUAAAUGGUCUGAAUCUUGGUUUAGGCUAUAAAGCCAAUUUAUCGCCGAAAACGGUGUGUCGUCAAGGACAUAUUUUUUUUACAAUACCACCAUUUAAUUAUUUGUGGAGAGAAUGGGAGACAGGCUUUUAGAAGUGCGGUGGAAAGCGUUAGCAACCAGAAAUAUAUUGAAAACAAAAAUUUCAUUGACCAUGUACCUAUUUUAAGCAUGCUUACCCCAGCUCAAAAAGAUGCACUUUUAGCUGUUAUGGUCUCACAGGAUUUCGAGGCAGGGCAGAAAAUCGUGUCAGAAGGUGACCCUGGAGAUUUGUUUUAUGUAAUUAAAGAUGGAGUUGUCAGCUGUACAGUGAAAGGAAACGAAAUAAGACAGCUUGGAAAAGGAGACUUCUUUGGGGAACAAGCUUUGCUUUAUAAUACCACAAGAACAGCUACUGUUACAGCGAUAAGCAAGGUUUCAAUCUUUUCUCUAGGUAGAGAAGAUUUAACACGAGUCUUAGGUGACCAGCUUCAGCAAAUUAUAUAUAGAAAUACCCAAAGAAUAUCCAUUGAAAAGUCCCAAACAUUAAAAGUAUUAACAAAAUCUCAAGCAGAAACAGUUAUCGAUAAAAUGAAAGUCACUUCAUAUCAUGAUGGGCAAAUAAUGAUUGAUAAAAACAGCCCCAAGCUGCAAAUGAUUUGGAUAGUUCUGAAAGGAAACUUGGUUUCAUUACAUACGACUAUAGGUGUUUUCCAAUGCAUUGGAGAUAUGGAUUUUUUGCAGCCAAAUAUAACUAAAUAUGAAGCAAGCUAUGCUGCUGUAGGAGACACAGAUGUGGCAGAAAUAUCUUGGAUGGAUUUAGAAGCAUGCAUUGGAGGAAGAUUAGCGAAUGUUUCGCAACAAAAUCAAGUUUUAGGCAUUUUGAGGAGAGUGCAACUACUGAGAGCGUUAAGUGUGAGCAAAUUGGAGCAGCUCGCGUCGGCACUUAGAGUUAGGGAUUUUAUGGACCAAGAGCCAGUGUUCAUGCAAGGUGAUCCGGGUGAUGCUUUUUAUAUUGUAAAAGAAGGGCAAGUUGAGAUCUAUAAAGAUGGAGUUUCCAUCAGAACUAUUAUUAAGCACGAUUUCUUUGGUGAAAGAUCUAUCAUUUUGCAAGAAAAUCGUACAGCUACCGCGAUUUCAAAAGGCCCUACAAGCUGCUGGAUUUUAGAUAAACAACAAUUUUUAAAUCUGAUUGAUGAAAACAUAAGGAACCAAAUUUUAAAGAGAAUGGAGCUCCAAAAUGACAGUGUUCACCUGAAUGAUUUAUCUAUCAUAAAAACUCUAGGUAAAGGUAUGUUUGGAAAUGUAUUUUUGGCUGUCCACAAAAAAAUAAAAACUCCUUAUGCGCUUAAAACAGUCCACAGAAGCAAAAUUCAUGCUUUUCAGAUCCAUGACAAUUUAGUCCUAGAAAGGAAAAUUUUGCUGGAACUUGAUCAUCCUUUAAUCAUGAAACUUGUAAAAACCUUUAAAGAUCCAGACAGGAUUUAUUUUUUAACUGAAUUCGUCCGUGGGCAAGAUCUUUUUGAUGUGCUGAGAGUUUUAAAUCUUCUAACAAAUGAGUGGUCGAAAUUCUAUGCAGGCUGUAUUUUCUUAAUGCUUGAGCAUCUGCAUGAGCGAAAUAUAAUUUAUCGUGAUUUAAAACCAGAAAAUAUUAUGGUUGACGAAUAUGGGUAUCCUAAACUAAUUGAUUUUGGUACAGCUAAACAAAUUGAUGGAAGAACUUAUACAGUUGUUGGGACUCCUCAUUAUAUGGCGCCUGAAGUUAUCAUUGGAAAAGGAUAUGGCUUGGCUGCUGAUUAUUGGAGUGUAGGGAUUAUGAUUUUCGAGUUUUUCUGUGGAAUUGUGCCUUUUGGAGAAGAUGAAGAAGAUCCUUAUAAGAUUUAUGAAAAAGUAAUUGAAAGAAGGCUAAUUUAUCCACCUUAUGUAGGACAAAAUAUGAAGGCUGCGCCAUUUAUCGAAAUGCUGCUAUCUAAAAAUCCUUCAAUGAGAGGAACAGUUGAAACAGUUAACUAUCACCACUGAUUAGCAGAAAAUCCUUAUUUUUAGAAAUAAAACUUUUUAUCAGCAAAAAUCUUUUUUAAUAUAAAUUUGCUAUACUUUAAUAAAUGCAUAAUGAUUACAAUAAUAAUGAAAUCGCGUAUUGUAAAACAUAAAUUUUAUAAAUUAAAAAGAUUUUUGUUUCAAAUAUUCAUCCAAAAAAACAAUUUGGCUAAAAAAUCUAACUGUCUUCAAAGCAGGGGAUGUAAGGAGCAUAAAUGGUUCCAAGGAAUGGAUUGGGAUGGAUUGCUAGGGAAACAGUUAAAGCCUCCUUAUGUGCCUAAGCUUGAAAGUCUUGCUGGAGAAAUUGAGCAUGGACUGAAAAGAAACAAGGAUGUUACAGAGCUUAUUAUGGUAAUUAUUACUUACUCCCCCCCCCCUCCGUGAGUGAGCAAAAAAAUUUUGUUCACUAACGGAGGGGGGUUAAUUUUUUUUUUUUAAAAAAAUUUUAUAUAUAAAUUUUAUAAAAAAUAUUUUUUUUUCGAAAUUUAAAAAAAUCCUAAUUCGCAAAAAUUGGAAAGCAAAUAUUAAUUUAAUUUAUAAAAUUUAUGUUUUAAAAAGCAAUUCGUUUGAAAUUAAACAGAAUUAGCUCUAGAUUUCAUUAUACUAAUUAUCAUUUAUAUAUCUAAAAUUUUUUUCAAUAAAAAUUUUUGUUCACUCACGGAGGGUGGGUUUUUUGGCAAAAAAUAGGAUUUUUUCUAAUGGUUUUGUUCACUCACGGAGGGGGGGAGUUAGAAAGAAGAAAUUAACGAUCUCACUGAGAUUCCAAAGAAAAGAGGAAAAGCCCCUCCUGAAGAUUGGGAUCAUGAUUUUUAA